AUGGUUUACAGAGUUACUAUUCUAUUCGUUGUUUUGCUUGUCUCAUUCCUAUGCAAAUUACCUACAUCACGAUGGUUCAACCAGACCCAAGUAUUAACAAGAAGGCCUUCACGGAGGAGGAAGAGGAAAAGGCUUCUCUCAGCUCACUGGCUAUAUGGAAAUAAAUGGGCUCUCAUAGCAAGGUUGUUCCUUGGAAGAACUGAUAAUGAUGUGAACAAUCACUUACAUGUAAUCAUAGCAAGGAGGCACAUGGAGCUGUCCAAUGCCAUUAGAAGGAGAAAGCCCUCAAACUCCAUUUCUUCUUUUUCUUCAGCUAUUGCAUUUGAUAAGGGCUUGCAGGUGAUCUAUUGCAACAAUGCUUGCAUUGUUGAAUCAACCAUCUCCAGCAAUAGAGAUGAGUCUUUGUCUAGCGGCACUGGCCUGUCCCUCGACUUCUCUCAGUACAAAGCAAGGAGUUCAUUGUCAAUACCUCGCCAGAGGAGCAGAUCUUAG